AUGCGGAGCCGCCGCGGCGGCGCGACCGGCGCGACUGGACCGGUGCCCCCGAGAUUAUAGCCUUCGCUUUCCCUUGGUCCGCCAUGGAGCCCUUCUGCCCCCUGCUGCUGGUGGGUUUUAGCCUGCCGCUCACCAGGGCUCUCCAGGGCAACGAGAGCACCCCGGCAGACGGCAACUGGACUGCGGCGACCUCAGGCCCCCCGGACACCGGCGCCUCCCAGCCGCUGCUCACCUGGCUGCUGCUGCCCCUGCUGCUGGGCCUCCUCCUCCUGCUGCCCGCCGCCUACUUCUUUAGGUUCAAGAAGCAGAGGAAAGCCGUGGUCAGCAGCGGUGACAAGAAGAUGCCCAACGGGCUCUUGGAAGAGCAAGAGCAGCAGAGGGUGAUGCUGCUGAGCCGGUCUCCCUCGGGGCCCAAGAAGUACUUUCCCAUCCCCGUGGAGCAGCUGGAGGAGGAGGUGCGCCUGCGCUCGGCCGACGACGGCAAGCGCUUCCGCGAGGAGUUCAACUCGCUGCCAUCUGGACACGUGCAGGGAACGUUUGAACUGGCAAAUAAAGAAGAAAACAGAGACAAAAACAGAUAUCCCAACAUCCUUCCCAGUGACCAGUCCAGGGUGACACUGAGCCAGCUGGAUGGCCUGCCCUGUUCCGACUACAUCAACGCCUCCUACAUUGACGGUUACAAAGAGAAGAACAAAUUCAUAGCGGCUCAAGGUCCCAAACAGGAGACGGUUGACGACUUCUGGAGAAUGAUCUGGGAGCAGAAGUCGGCCACCAUCGUCAUGUUGACCAACCUCAAAGAGAGGAAAGAGGAGAAGUGCUACCAGUACUGGCCUGACCAGGGCUGCUGGACCUACGGGAACAUCCGGGUGUGCGUGGAAGACUGCGUGGUCUUGGUGGACUACACCGUCCGCAAGUUCUGCAUCCAGCCACAGCUGCCCGACGGCUGCAGAGCCCCGCGGCUGGUCUCCCAGCUGCACUUCACCAGCUGGCCGGACUUCGGGGUGCCUUUCACCCCCAUCGGGAUGCUCAAGUUCCUGAAGAAAGUGAAGACCCUCAACCCCGCGCACGCUGGGCCCAUCGUGGUCCACUGCAGCGCGGGCGUGGGCCGGACAGGCACCUUCAUCGUCAUCGACGCCAUGAUGGCCAUGAUGCACGCUGAGCAGAAGGUCGACGUCUUUGAGUUUGUGUCGCGCAUCCGCAACCAGCGGCCACAGAUGGUCCAGACAGACAUGCAGUACACGUUCAUCUACCAAGCCCUGCUGGAGUACUACCUCUACGGCGACACUGAGCUGGACGUGUCCUCCCUGGAGAAGCACCUGCAGACCCUGCACGGGAGCGCCACGCACUUCCACAAGAUGGGCCUGGAGGAGGAGUUCAGGAAACUGACAAACGUGCGGAUCAUGAAGGAGAACAUGCGGACGGGCAACCUGCCGGCCAACAUGAAGAAGGCCAGGGUCAUCCAGAUCAUCCCGUACGACUUCAACCGAGUGAUCCUUUCCAUGAAGAGGGGCCAGGAGCACACAGACUACAUCAACGCGUCCUUCAUCGACGGCUACCGGCAGAAGGACCACUUCAUCGCCACGCAGGGGCCGCUGGCUCACACGGUGGAGGACUUCUGGAGGAUGGUGUGGGAGUGGAAGUGCCACACGAUCGUGAUGCUCACGGAGGUGCAGGAGAGGGAGCAGGAUAAGUGCUACCAGUACUGGCCCACAGAGGGCUCAGUUAUCCAUGGAGAAAUCACGAUCGAAAUCAAGAGCGAUUCCUUGUCGGAAGGCAUCAGUGUGCGGGACUUCCUGGUCACCUGCAGUCAGCCGCUGGCGCGCCAGGAGGAGCAGAUCCGCGUGGUGCGCCAGUUCCACUUCCACGGCUGGCCCGAGAUCGGGAUUCCCGCCGAGGGCAAAGGCAUGAUCGACCUCAUUGCCGCCGUGCAGAAGCAGCAGCAGCAGACAGGCAACCACCCCAUCACUGUGCACUGCAGCGCUGGAGCCGGGCGGACGGGCACGUUCAUCGCCCUCAGCAACAUUCUGGAGCGUGUCAAAGCCGAGGGACUCCUGGACGUGUUUCAGGCUGUGAAGAGUCUGCGACUUCAGAGGCCGCACAUGGUGCAAACCCUGGAACAGUAUGAAUUCUGCUACAAAGUGGUACAAGAUUUUAUUGAUAUAUUUUCUGAUUAUGCUAAUUUCAAAUGAAGAUUCCUGCCUUAAACUAUUUUUUAAUUUAAUGGUCAGUAUAUUUUGUAAAAACACAUUAAUUUAUUUCGUAGUUCACAUUAAGAUCCUUCCUCGUUUCUCUCUGUAUAUUUUGUUAUGCUUCCAAGACUACCUGUGAUAAAGUCAUUAAAUCUUAAAUACCCUUUUCUAAACUUGGAGUAACGUAUUAAGGUCAAAUAUUAUGCCACAAAUAUAUAUUUCUGCUAAUAUCAGUAAACAUGUUACUGUUUAAUUAGAUUCAUGCCACUUGAUUUCCCCAUGUCCGGCACCUGUGUGUGUCGUCAGUCUCAGAUGCUCGGUGUGCUUACGCGAGAUGCUGAACACAAGGUCCUCAUUAAGAACCCAGGGGAGGACUCAGAGUUCAGGUAAAGUUCAGGUUCACCCUCCUAGCUCUCAGCUUCCCACCCUGGGCAGCAGCAUUUCUGAAGGCAAACUGUGAGGGUACGUUGUAAACAGGGCCUCUGGGCAAGUCGCCCUCCCAGCCCAUGGGGCUCACCUGCACAUUUUUGAGAUCAAAGACUUUUCAGCCGAAAUUCAGGUCUGAGACACCGUACAGUAGCUGGAGGCUGCGCUGUCGUCUACCCCACCUUGUCUGGGUGAGAUGCAGACACUGGGCCGAUCCGGUCCUCUCGUCCACGGCCUGGGGUACAGCAAAAGCAGCCGUUGGCACCGUGCUCCCAGUGCUCGCUGUCCAUCUGUCCAUCCGUUUGGCUCAGAGAAUCCAGCCAACUGCAUUUCUGCCUCCCGUCCCGGUCCGCCCCAGCUGCCUGUCAGGUCUUGAGGCCUGCCUGCAGGCUCACCAGCAGAGCACUUCCUGUCCAGACGUUCAGGUGAAGCCGAGAGACCAGGACGCACAGAAUCCAGGAGCACACUUCCGGGUAGCAACAGUGGGAGAACCCAAACAAGCAGACUUUACAUUUUCUGAAAAGCAUUUUGGUAUUUAACUAUUUCUUGUAAAAAGCCGAGGGUUUGUAAGAAGAGAAACCUUAAAGUUUAGAUUUAUACAGUUUUUUUUUUAAGUCUCACUUCCUGUUUAAUAAAAGAAAGAGAGGGUGAAAUGCAUACUCUAAAUUCUAGCUUAUUUUGUAACAGAAAAACUGCUGAGAACUUCGACCUUGGACACUGGAUAAUGUAAAGAUCCCACUCACAGGAUUGGCUUAGGGACAGCAAAGGUGGGGAGGUGUGAGUGUGGGAACAUCAAUUUAUUUAGUAGCAGUUCUCUUUCUGUGGCUGUUAGAUACCCAGCAAAUGAGCACAACACAAAAGGAAAGACAGCUGGUCUAACUUACUAAAAGCAUUUAAUAUGUGUGGCUUUGGUACCUCUUUUGCUUUUCAAAAGAUAAAGCUACAAAGGCCUUACGUGACGUUUUUAUUCAUAACUGAUCAGCCCUCUGCUGCACGUUCAUGCCUUCUCGUGUGUCACGCGUGCAGGUGCACCUGCAGGGUAAGUCAUGGCUGUGACAUGGGCUCACAGGUGCCCAAGCUGCUAACUGCCCACUGCCCGAGCCCCACCCGAGGGCAGCGCUGGACGGAGGAAGGCACACUGUGUGUCACCACGGUCACGAGCAGCUCCAGCCCUGGCUUACGCACUGUUGCCGGAGGCGCCCCCUCCCCUCUGCACUGUGACGGCGUGUAGAGGAAGAGGAAACGGGGUGGCCCUGGGUGUUGCCACUGUGAGAACCCCAAGCUCCAAUGCCUUUCUUUGACGGAAGGAGGGAGAAGGAGGUGGGGUCCUUCAGCCCCCGAGCCCUGGAAACAGAGCCUGCUUGUUAGGGUGGCAGUGACUCCGGCUGGUCACUGAUCCCACAGUCCCAGGUGACAGUCGAGGGGCAUGGACUUGGCCCCAGUGCAGCAGCUCUUAGUCGGGGUCUUUGAUGCCUUUGAUGGUCUCACCGGUGUCUCUUGUAUCAAGAAUCCUUUAAGGUGGACCUUUUCCGGGUGUCCUCAGGAGAGAGCCCUUCCUCUGUGUGUCCCUGGCCCCUGGGGCCAUCCCCAGGUGUCUGCCUCUUCCCAGUCACUUCCCAUUCCAGAAGCAAAGCAGAAACCUCACUCCCUGGACCAGGAUUGGACUCCCCAGGCAGGGGCAGCCCUUGCCUUCCGAGGGGGGCUGCAGCCUCACAGCCCCGAGCCAUUUCCUGGCCUUGGAGCAGCUGUGUGGGGAGAGGAGAAGCGACUGGGGACUUGCGCAUCUCCACUGUGUGGCCUGGAACGUCCAGGCUCACGCCCUUCAGUGAGAGCAAGUCGAGCGGACAGAAAAGGACGGCCCAGAGUGGACACCGUCACGCCCCCUCUUGCGUCUCUCUCCGUGGUGUGCAGUUGCAUUCCGACGCUAGAAGCGAUCAGAAGACUGGCUCUGGUCUGCAGCCUGCCGGUCACCGUGUGACCACUUGGCCAUUCUCCCCCUGUGCUGGAUGAAGGAGGAACGCCUACCGGAGUCUUCAAAGAUAUUUUUAUGUACUUUUAGAGACUUGUAAAAGUGAGUCUGAGAGCUGUGUUUCUCCAUGGGAACAUGCCUGUGUCAUUUUUUUAAAAAUGUAUGACUAAUUACUGAUACUCUUUGCUUUCACUAAGUCGUGUUUAAUUUAUGUGCAAUCUUUGUAUGUGUGCAUUACGGUUCCAAAGCUCCUGUUUCCUUUUUGUCCAUUUACAAUUGAUCUUGCUCUCAUUAUAAUGCCAGUGAAUGUUGCUGAAUUCUUUGUGCAGAUUGCAAGAUCUAAAAGCAUU